AAUAUGUGGAGGAAAAGCCAGUCGUGCAUUUCCACCGACUCCAAUGGCGCUUCCACUAUCCGGCAGAGUUCCGGCACGUUUUGUCCUGCCGUCAACGGCGCACGUUAGACCACGACAGCCAGUGGCUUUCGUCUCUUUAUCUUCUGCAACCAAUGAUGGAACGAUAGAUUGGGUCGAAGCAACUUCUGACUUCUUCGAGAAAGAUACAAGACCAAUAAUGCUAUUUGACGGUGUGUGCAAUUUGUGCAAUGGAGGUGUGAGAUUUGUUCGUGCUAAUGAUCGAAACAGAAGAAUACGAUUAGAGGCUCUCCAAAGUGAAGCUGGGAAGAAGCUGUUAAGAAGAUCAGGAAGAGCACCGGAUGAUAUUUCGAGUGUUGUUCUUGUUGAAAAGGACAGAUCUUAUAUCAAGUCUGAAGCUGUUCUAAGAAUAAUGGAACAUUUAGAGUUACCCUUUCCUCAGCUUGCACUUUUUCUCAAGUUUGUGCCACUGUUUGUUAGAAACAUUGCGUACGACAAUAUUGCUGAUAAUCGCUAUACGCUAUUUGGGCGCUCGGAGUCGUGUGAAAUAUAGAAUUUAGUCCUAUCAUUGUAGAAUUUGUAUAGAAUAAUACUUGGGAUUUGGGAUUUAGACAUUAAGAUGAUCUUUGUUUGGUGAAUAAUACUUUCUGGAAUUGGAGCUGAUAAGUGUCA